ACGCUCUCUCUUCGAUUUUUCUCGACGCCCAAAGCAAUGGCCGAGGAGACUCAGACCAAGGCAUCCGAGGCGGCCCAGGAGGUCGUCGUCGCCGGGGGGGCGGCGGCGGCGGAAGAGAAGGAGGUGUCGAAGGAACUACCGCCGCCGCUGCCGGCCUCCGAGGCAGAGGAGGACCCCAAGAAGCCCUCCGGAGAGGAGGCGGCGUCCUCUACUGACGUCGUCCAUUCCGUCUCCUUCAAGGAGGAGGGCAACCUCGUCGCCAACCUUGAAGACCCAGAGAAGAAGGCUCUCAACGACCUCAAGCAGCUCGUCCAAGCCGCCCUCGCCAACCACGAGUUCUCCCCUCCACCGCCACCCCCGCCGGCGGCGGAGCCACCGUUCAAGGCUGAGGAGGAGGCUAAGCCUGAAGUACCCCCUCCCCCGGCGCAGGCGACAGAGGAGCCAGCCCCACAAGCGGACGUCCCUCCGCCGCCGCCGACGGCGGCGGCGGAGGCCGUCGUGGAGAAAGAUGGCGCCCGGACAGUAGAAUCCAUUGAAGUGACCGUCGUCCCCGCCACCUCCCCGUCACCCUCCGAGGAGGCGCCUCCUGCGGCGCCGGAGGAGGAGAAGACCCCUGCACCCCCGCCGGCCGCGGCGGCGCAGCCGCCGGAGGAGGUGUUAAUCUGGGGGAUCCCGCUCCUCGGCGACGAGAGGAGCGAAAUCGUCCUCAUGAAAUUCCUCCGAGCCCGGGACUUGAAGGUCAAAGAAGCCAUGGCGAUGCUGAAGAACGCCGUGAUUUGGAGGAAGGAGUUCGGCAUCGAGGCGCUCCUCGAGGAGGACCUCGGCAUCCCGGAGAUGGAGAAGGUGGUCUUCAUGCACGGCACCGACAAAGAGGGCCACCCGGUGUGCUACAACGUCUACGGGGAGUUCCAGAACAAGGAGCUCUACGCCAUGGCCUUCGCCGACGAGGAGAAGAGGCAGAGGUUUCUGCGGUGGAGGAUCCAGUACCUUGAGAAGGGCAUCCGCCAGCUGCUCGACUUCAGUCCUGGCGGAGUCUCCACCAUGGUUCAGGUCACUGAUCUCAAGAACUCGAUCGGCCCCAUGAAGCGUGAGCUUCGCCACGCCCUCACCCUGCUCCAAGAUAAUUACCCUGAGUUUGCUGCUAAGCAGAUAUUCAUCAAUGUUCCAUGGUGGUAUCUUGCUUUCAAUCGAAUGAUCAGUCCGUUCUUCACCCAGAGGAGCAAGAGCAAGUUUGUUUUUGCUGGGCCAUCCAAAACAGCUGAGACCCUUUUCAAAUACAUUGCUCCUGAGCAAGUCCCAGUACAGUAUGGAGGCCUGAGCAAGGAGAAGGACCCCGAUUUCACUGCUGCUGAUGCGGUUACUGAGAUCGCCAUCAAGCCCUCGACGAAGCAAGUCAUAGAGAUACCGGUUAAUGAGGUGCGGAGCUUGUUCCUCUCACCAAUUCAUCAAAUGAAAUGCCUUCUUGUUUGGGAGCUCCGAGUCCUGGGAUGGGAUGUGACCUUCGGUGCGGAGUUUGUGCCGAGCUCGGAGGAUGGAUACACUGUGAUUGUGCAGAAGGCUAGGAAAUUGGUUGCUGCUGAUGAACCUGUGGAGAAGAACAGCUUCAAGAUUGGAGAAGCAGGCAAGGUGGUUCUCACAGUGGACAAUACCACCUCAAAAAAGAAGAAGCUCCUCUACAGAUACAAGAUCAAGAGCUCUACUGUAUCCCUUUGAGGAGUUGCCUGGAGAAGGGAUAGAAGGAAAGUGACCAUUGUUGAGGGACUUUUUUCACUGGAUGGAUGCAGACUUGAGUUGGUGUUAUUUGGGAAGAUGCUUAUUCUACCAGUAUUUUUGCAUCUUGUUCCUAUUAUUGAGUUGAUUAUUUUGUUUAGUGUAAGCGUAUUGAUGUUGUGUUUUUUGGGGGUCUCUGUCAACUUUAUUAUUUACUUUGUAAAUUAUCUGUCUACAUUUGGUCUCUCUGGUGUUACUCUUAUUAUAUGAUUGCUUUGCUAGAAACCUGUGCCAUGGAGGCAUCCAUUUGUUUCUA